CGUCAGAAGGUCUCUACGGAGCAGGGGCACCGGCCGCUUCUCUGGAGCAGUGAGUAACAGCACCGGGUUGGCAGGAGGCGACUGCUGUGUCAGCGCUAUGGAGGGGAGGUAUCCCGACUUCAAGAUCCGAUUCCAACCUGGCUGGACGGAGGUUGUGCGGGAGGAUUUUGUUGCGUCCUGCAGAAGAGUUCUGAUAACUGGAGCAACUGGUCUCCUGGGCCGAGCUGUAUACAAAGAGUUCAAGGACAAAAACUGGCAUGUACUGGGCUGCGGUUACAGCCGGGCUCGACCUCAGAUUGAGUCGCUUAAUCUGCUAGACACAUCUGCAGUGAAGGAACUGGUCGAAGAGUUUAAGCCACAUGUGAUUGUACAUUGUGCUGCUGAAAGGAAACCGGAAAUUGUGGAGAAUCAGCCAGAUUUGGCUGCCUUGAUAAAUGUGGGGGCGUCUGAAAAUCUAGCUAAAGUUGCAGCUGCGGGUGGAGCAUUCCUUAUCUAUAUUAGCACAGACUAUGUCUUUGAUGGAACAAACCCUCCUUACAGAGAAGACGCUAUGCCUAAUCCCUUAAACCUGUAUGGUAAAACCAAGCUAGAAGGAGAGCGAGUAGUGCUCCAGAACAAUGAGGGUGCCGCAGUGCUCAGAGUUCCUGUGCUGUACGGAGACGUGGAGAAGAUAGAAGAGAGUGCUGUCACAAUAAUGUUUGACAAGGUGCAGAACAGUAACAAAUCGGCCAACAUGGACAACUGGCUGCAGCGGUUUCCCACAUAUGUGAAGGAUGUGGCUAGUGUAUGUCUACAGUUGUCAGAGAGAAAGCUUCAGGACCCCUCAAUAAACGGCAUUUUCCAUUGGUCUGGUAACGAACAGAUGACAAAAUAUGAAAUGGCUUGUGCCAUGGCAGAUGUUUUCAACCUUCCCGCCAGACACUUGAGACCAAUCACAGAUGAACCUGUUGGAGCUACUCCCCGACCUUGGAACCCACAACUGGACUGCUCCAGGCUGGAGGCACUUGGCGUUGGGCAGCGGACACCCUUCAGAGUCGGCAUUAGGGAAUCCCUUUGGCCAUUUUUAGAUGAAAAGAAAUCGCAUCAAACUAUGUUCCAUUAGUUUAUUGUUCCUUGUAGAUGAAGUUGAUUCCUCUACUUUUUUUUCUUGAAGAAAUUUAGUUUUGUAUUGUUGUUAAUAAGUAUAUAUAAAUUGAGAAAAACUGGUCAAUGUCAGUUCUGGUAUAUAAACACUUGAGUGUAUAAAGUCGAUUGUUAUCAUCUGUCGAUUUACUGAUUAUCAGGACAGCAGUUAAAUACAAUAGUUUCUGGAUAUAUUGUA